GAACACGAAUUGUGACUACACUGCUUUGCUCGCUUCAGUUACGUAGUUCUGUUCCUGUGCAUUGCUAUUAUCUACAAUCUUAUUUUUCAUCAUUUUUAUUAAUCUUUAAGAAACGAGAGUGCUAAUUGAAAUAGCUGCUCAUUAGUUUAGUGGACUUAUGAUUCGUUCAACUUCGGAGCUUCAAUGAACAGCAUAUGAAUUACUUUUCAAGAAAUCAGGUUAACCAUUAGUGUAAUUGUUUUAACCAUAGACAUAGUACUAUGUCUAUGGUUUUAACAAAAUGAGUGUUAUAUUUUUUCUAUGGUUUUGACAUUUAUUGAGGUUAUGGUUUUGUUAUUGUCAUUAUAAUAAUGCUAACUGUUACAUUAUAUUAUUUUCUAAAUUGAUAUAAAGUAAUGACAAAAACCGAAAUAAAGCAACAAGUUAUUAACAAAAAAAUGGAUCUUCAAAAUGUCAAAGAAGAAAUGGAUAUCUUUAAUGUUAAGGAAGAAGUGGAUGACCACGGUGAUUUUCUAUCGAAUAUCUAUAUAAAACAAGACUUAAUUGACGAAAUAUCUAUACUAAAAAAUCAUAAUAUAAAUGAAAAAAUGGAUGGAAUUUAUUCAAUCAAAAAAGAAAUAAAUGAUAACUUAGAUAUUACCAAAAUAUAUGAUAAUCAUCUUGGUACAUCCAACAAAACAAAAAGAAACAUUCCCAAUACACAUAACGUAAAACUUGGAUAUUUAAAAGUAGGGAAGCGAACUAAAUUAAAAGUUACAGGGUCAAUAAGAAAUAGGAAAUAUAUUCAUCCGAAUGCUAUGGGGUUUAUAAUAUGUGUAUAUUGUGGGAAUUUAUACACGAAACAAAUAGAAUUGUUAUGGCACCUAGCAAUGAAUCAUUAUAUGAAACAAAAAAAUUUUAUAAGAUUCACCACAAAAGUAAAAGUAUUAAGGGAAAUCAUGAUAUAAAAGAUGAAAUUGAAGUUGUUGAACAUGAAUUGAAAGUGGAGUUGCAGGAAACAACGCUUCAGUUGGAAGUUGCUGAUAAUUUAAACUCAUAUGUACACGGUGGUUCAAAAUUAUUUGGCGUAGGAAGUAAUAAUAUACAAUCAUAUACCAAGACGAAGACAAAACCAUUCAAAUGUGAUAUUUGUUUGAAAACUUUUUCACAGAUAAGUAAUUUGAAUACACAUUUGCGUAGUCAUACAGGAGAAAAACCAUUCAAAUGUGACAUUUGUUCAAAAACCUUUUCACAGAAAAGUGGUUUGAAGACACAUUCGCGUAGUCAUACUGGAGAAAAGCCAUUCAAAUGUGACAUGUGUUUGAAGAGCUUUACACAGAAAAGUGGUUUGAAGACACAUUUGCGUAGUCAUACAGGGGAGAAGCCAUUCAAAUGUGACAUUUGUUUGAAAACUUUUUCACAAAAAAGUGGUUUGAGGACACAUUUGCGUAGCCAUACAGGAGAAAGGCCAUUCAAAUGUAAUAUUUGUUCAAAAACUUUUUUAUAUCCAAGUAAUUUGGAGGCGCAUUUGCGAAGUCAUACAGGAGAAAGGCCGUUCGAGUGUAAUAUUUGUUUGAAAACUUUUUCAUAUAUAAGUAAUUUGAAGACACAUGUGUGUAAUCCUACAGGUGAAAAGCCAUUCAAAUGUGAUAUUUGCUUUAAAAAAUUUUCAAAUGAAAGUUUUUUGAAGAGACAUAUGCAUAUUCACAUAGACCCACAUAUAAAUAAAGGUUCGAAUUUAUUUGCAGAAGGAAGUAAUUCAAAUAUUUACGAAAGGACAAAACAAUUCAAAUGCGACGUUUGUAUGAAACAAUUCUCUUAUAAAAGUAAUUUUUAUAUACAUUUGCGUAAACACACAGGGGAAAAGCCAUUCGAAUGUCACAUAUGUUUGAAAACGUUUUCACAGAGAAGUAAUUUGAAAAGGCAUUUGCAUACUCAUACAGGAGAAAAGCCAUUCUAAUACGAUAUAUAUUUGAAACUUUUUCACAAAUCAGUGGUUUGAGGAAAGCGUAUUGUUAUUAUGCCGAUGAAUUGGCGUCAACGUCCAACGAAACCAGUUGUAACAACGUUUGAACAAAAGGUUUCUGGUCGAAUAAUGAAAAAAGAAAGAAUCACGUUGAUGGUGUGUGCAAAUGGUGCUAGAAAUCAUAUGCCAAAACUACUAGUUGCGAAUAAAUCCAAACAUCCCCGAGCAUUCAAAAAUACAAAAAUUGAAAACUUUACAAUUGUUGUUGAGGAAUAGAGACGGGCGUGGUUAACACAAGAAGUAUUCAAUGACUGGUUUUUCAAUCUCUUUGUGCAAUUGAAAAACAAAAAACUGCCAAUAAAAGCCCUUUUACUGCUUCUGCACCUUACCAUCCACCAACUAACGGAGUUGCUGAAAACGCGGUUAAAAGCUUUAAAAAAAGUUUGUUAGACAAUAAAAAUAAAGCACAAGCUGAGAGUGUAAUAAUUAGCAGAUAUCUAUGGAAUUACAGAAAUCCAAUCCACCGCUCGACAAAAAAAACACCAUCCAAAUUGAUGAUAGGUAGGAAUGUAAAAACAUUUGAUCUUUUGAAACCAAUUAAGAGUCACAAUUAACAAUUGGGGGAUAGGUAUGAGGACUUUAAAGAGGGUGAAGAGGUUAUAAUGAGAAAGUAUAAACAUCAAAAUGAAGUUAUAAAGGUGGAAGCUACCAUUAAAAAGGUACUAGAGUUAAAAAAUCACUUAUGGCAAACCGCAAAGGACAAAUAUCACAAAAGACAUAUUGAUCUAAUUAAAAAAUAAAAAAAAUGAUGUAUUAGGGGAAGUAGGAACAGUAUCUAAACAGCAGGGUGAUGAUAAAACUCCUGAAACUAACAGUAAAGAUGGAAUGGUAGGUGAAAACAAUGACAUUCCAUAGACUCUUCGUUUGAAAGCGUAGUAGAGGCUUGUUUUGGAGAACCAUCUAAUAAACCAAAUAAGACUGUUACUACUAAGUCAGGUAUAAUCAUAAAGAAACAUAUUGACUAUGAUUGUGAAUCUAAUUAAGUUAAUUUUUCUGUUGUCAAUUCUCUAUGAUAAUUAUAUUGAGUUGUUAUUUAGGAAGGAAGGAACUGUGCUGUAAUGUAAACACGGGAUUGGGUGUUUUAGACACAACAAUAUGUCAUUUGUCAAGGUGAUGAAAAAGGCGACACUUCUUGUCGUACCUACGUACAUAACGCAUGGUGUACUUACUUGUAUUAAUAAUAAAGUCAUUAUGAAGUAUAA